CCUUCCCUUCCUCUGCCCAGGGCCCCAGACCCAUUUCUUUCCCCCAUUUUCUUUCUUCGUUUCUUUUGGUUUUCCUUUUCUAGUUUUCUUCAUUUAUGCGCUUCUCUUUCUCUAUUCAUGUUCGUGCAGAAGAAACAAGGACGAGAUCCAGUGCAGCACCACAAUUCGAUUCCAGAAGCGAUGUUCGCCGGAGUUCGUUCCAGAGCAGCCGGGAAGUUCGAUUCGACCCUAAAACAGAAGCGGCAGUUCGCUCCCUCGCUGAAGCUCAUUCCAGAGCAUCACCGGAGUUCGAUUCGAGCGGAAAAUAGAAGUGACGAUUCGCCGGAGUUCGUUCAAGAGCAACACCGGAGACGGUUCACUAUUUUUGAGACUAAAUUCGAGUUCUUUGGCUAGAAAGGAUCUUUGAGCAACUGGGGAUGAGUUUUGGGGGCUGAUUUGUAGCUCGUCGGGACUUCUUUUGUGACUCUUCGGGUAUUUUUUCCGGCGAUUAUGAGGCUCGGCCCAAAAAAUAAAAUAUGCAAACGAGAUCACCUUGAAUAGGCGCACCUCCUCAUUGCGACCUCAUAUUUUUAGUUUGAUUUUCCAAGCACUCUCCAUUUUUGCGCCCACGGUUCAUGCGGUGAAUCUUUCAUAGACCGGAGUAGAAGAAUGGUGGCCAUGGAAGAGAAAUGCCUUGUUUGGUAAAUGGUUGUUAGCUGUUGCUGGUAGCUGGUUGUGUGAGCUGUUUCGCAACAGCUGGUUGUGUUAACUGUUUUGACCGACUGGUUAUGUUGGCUGAUUAUAAAUAACUGUUUGGUAAAAUUGGUUCUUUCGAAAUGGCUGAUAGAGUGUAAAUUGAACCAGCCAAAUGAAGAAGCUGUUUCGCUUCCAUGGCUCCCCUUAGCUUCUUCCACAAUCCAUUUUUUCAGCUUUUCAAACUCAACAAGCUAAUUUUAAAAGUCAUUUACCAAACAUCAUUAUUAGCUUCUUUGACUAAUCAAACAGUUGAAAUGGGUCAAACAAGCUAAAAGCUGGUUGAUAAGCCAUUUGCCAAACAUACCGAAAGAAAGAAAAAAGAAAAGGGAAAGGAAAAAAGAAAGGGAAAAAGAAAAGAAAAAUUGACGUGGGAGCAGCCCACGUGUGCCCCGCAUAAGAGUGGACAUUAAGCUAUGAAAGACAUCUCCGAUGUCAGUUGUUAUACCGUGGGAGCAGCCCACCAUGAGCAUGCUGCUCCCACAGACAAAAAUACGUGUGUUACUGUUUACGUGUGAACAGUAACUUGUUUUUUGUUUUUCCAGUGUUCAGUAGCAGAGUAAUGUAACUCGCGUGUAAAGAAAUGUAACUCACGCUGAUCAGAAAUGUAACUGCAGGCAAGUCCAAAUGUAACUUGUCUAAUACGAACUAUAAGAAAUAAAACAUUGAUUUCCUUGAAAUAA